GAGGAGAACAGGCUACGGGCCAAGGCGAUUCGGGACCAGCGAGAUGCAGAGAGGCGUGCAGCUGAUGGCGGGACCCCUUCAAUCCCCAAGACGGCCUCGGGCUUCGUAGCGACCGACAGCGUGCACAUCGUCGGCGGCAAGCGUCCGAUAGACGCCAUCUCGAAGGACUCGGGGACCAACCGGGAUGGGCGCAACAACGACGAUGGGGCCCUGCGGCCAGCCCGCAAGUUCACCAAGUUCGUCGACUACAACAUGAGCUCCAUGACCGACACCAAGGGCGGCUUCCUGUCGAUCGAGGACGACCCGCACAACUACGCGCUGGGCAGCGCGGCGGCCGCGAAGGCCGGGCAGGCCGAGGCGGACCAGCGGCCAAAGCACAUGACGGCGCAGGAGUGGGAGCGCAUGCAGCUCAUCAACCGGCUCAAGAGGAACAAGGUCGGGCCCUUUGAGCCGGCGCUCAGCGCGCACGACGACGAGUCGAAGCGCAAGCGGUGCCGGGAGUGCCGCAGCAUCGAGAUCGACUUUGUCUGGGACGAGGUCUUCCACGUCGCCGUGUGCAACCAGUGCAAGGACAAGUACCCGGAGAAGUACUCGCUCCUGACCAAGACGGAGUGCAAGGAGGACUACCUCCUCACUGAUCCGGAACUGCGCGACCCGGAGCUGCUCCCGCAUCUGAAUAAACCGAACCCUCACAAGUCCCACUGGCACGACAUGAUGCUGUUCCUCCGCUUCCAGGUGGAGGAGUACGCCCUCAAGACCAAGUGGGGGUCCUCCGAGGCCCUGGACGCCGAGUACGAGCGUCGCGAGACCCAGAAGAAGGCGCGCAAGGAGUCCAAGUUCCGCGAGAAGCUCAUGGACCUGAAGCGCAAGACGCGCACGGAUGCGUUUCGUCGGCAGGCGGGCAACCUGUCGCGGACGGGGGCCAGCAAGUUUGGCGAUGCCGUGGGGACCGGCGGGAAGCAUGUCCAUGACUGGGGCCGGGCCGUGCUCAACGAGGAGGGCAUGACGGUCAAGACGUGCAACGAGUGUGGCAUGGAGGUUGAGGAGUUGGAGUUUUAG